UAAUACACAUCAAUGAGAAUGUAACGAGUGAUAAUAUAGUCCAAAAAUAAUGUUAUUUAUUUAAAUAUGCAUGUUUUUUCCUCUGUUAAUUCAUUUACGAUUUUCAAUUUGUAAAAAAAUAACUUGCUACCGACAAUUAAUUGAAGUACCAUGACAUUUCAUCCGCAUAAUAACUCGAAUCAUUGUCUCGAUUCACUUAUAACUAAAUGACAAAUUUAGUACUUUAAAUAGCAUGACACGUGACAAGUAACUUUUCUUUCUUUCUAACAUGGUAAAAUUUUGAUCCGAUUUGAACGGAAAAUCAACACGGCAUUGGCAAAACAUGGCCGAGUAAUACUCUGCUCAAUCGAGGGGCAAACUCGGGAAAUCGAAGCAUCAGUGGAAAGAGUAGUUUUUUUUUUUGCUGGUAAUAGUUAGUGGGGAAGAGUAGUUAGUGGACACAAAACGUGCUUAGCGUCGUCUCUCCCAACCAAUCCGGGCGCUAGUGACAGAAGAAACACGGCCAUAUUUCUCUUUCGCCCACACGCUAACCUUUUAUUAAUCUAAUUGAUUUAUUCUUCUCCGUCUUCCCACGAUCUUAAUUAGUUUCUCCUCCCCACACAGAAGAAGCCAAAAAGAGGGAAAAACAAUACAUCCGUCUAGCAAUUUAUUCCCCCUUCUAAAACCCCCACAAUUCCGAUCAAUCAAUCCAAAAAACGAAAAUGGUACCAAUUCACGCUCAGAUCAUCCGGCGGCUGGCGUCGCUACACUGGCGGCUCUUCCUCCAGGCGGCGGCGUGGACCACUCUCCUCAGCUUGACCGUCGCCGUCGCCUCCUUCGCCCCUGAAUUGGCCUUCGUAUCCUCCGUCUCCUCGUCCUCCUCCGCCCCCUCCGCCUCCGCCGCGCGGUGGCUGUUCUCGCGGACGGCGCCGGCGUGUACAGGGGCGGGAAUGGUGGGGCUGCCGAUCAUGGAAUCGCCGAGAGAGGUGAUCUGCCUGCCGGGGCACAUGGUGAAGAGGUCGAAUUGGGAUUUCUUCGUGCCCACCGUCUUCGCCGCCCUGGUGGUCAGCGGAUCCGCCUGCUUGGUCCGAUCUCUGGGAUUGUGGGGCGACGUGGUUCGUCAGAACUGAAGUUAAUUAGUUAGUCAUACACCGCCAUUUUUGUUUUUUUUUUCAGAUUCAGAAUAGUUUGAUUGUUGAUCAAUUCUUUGGGGAUGUGAGUUUUUUCAGACAAAUGCGCAUUCCCUGGAAUUUUUUUUAUCCACGUUUUGAUCCCACCGCUAGCGGCAGGCGGCGGUUUCCAAUGUACGUACAGGCGGCCGGUAUUUCGCGGUUUCCAGGCGCCGUGGCAGUUCCAUCGUUUCCUGUCACUGUAGAUUUUUUUUUUAUAGUUUGCCAAUGUAGUGAAUUGAGUUUAUAAAUAAAGAACUGGAUUGGAUAAACUUGUUUAUUUCAGCUAGCUAUAGAACUAAUUGUGCAAUUAAAGCUCGAGGGCUGGAUCAUGGUGAUUAUGAAUGUAUAUAACAAUUUAAAAAUCGGGAAUCAUUGCAAGUCUAGCUUUCUUAGUGGGUUCACCUCACUCCAGGGUAGAUUGUUAGUAUGUCUGGCUUGAGGAUUAGAGAGAAUCGGAGAUCUCAUCCAUACCUAUACACAUAACUUUCUCCCCCAAAAUUGAAUCAAGGCAUUUGAGAUUCGAGUUUUUAGUACUUGUUGGAUCAAUAUAUAAUUACAUUAUAUAGUAGUUAAGUUUUUAAAAAAUUGUUCGGCCCAACUAAUUAUAUAAUAGUUAAACUAGAAUAGGGCCCGGCUUCUUGGCCGGGAGAGUUUGAUUUUCAUGUGUAUGUGUAGUAAACAUUGAGGAUUGAAGUAACAAUUUAAUUUGGUAAGUUCUCCAUGAAUAAUAUACGAAAGUAUUUAAUGUAUUUGACUAAUAAAGUUUAAAAAAUGAAAAACAACGCCCAACUACACUAAUGUAAAUUCAUAUUUCAAACAAAGUCAUAUCUAUAUAAAAAUGUCUAAGAAGAACAAUGAUAAGAGUUGUUUUACAUCACACAUACAUAAUCAAUCUUCAAUAUACGAUAAAUUUUUUUGCCUUUUCCAUUGACUUUCGUGUAUUCAAUGAUAUAAUGAAACAAACCAUAUGUUUAGAGUGUACUUAAAAAGAAACAAGCUAACUCACACAGUCAUGGUUCCAUUGAUUUUAGUGUAUUCUAUGAAAUAAUGAAACAAAGCAUGCAGAUCUCUAGCUGCAAGUUCAACUAAUAGAGCAACACAUAAAAAGCUAAAUCAAAGCGAAAAUAAGACAAAAACUAAAAGCAGCAUACCUAACAUUUUGGGGGAAAUCCACAACAAUAAAAGUCACUGUAUGAACACUUGAUAAUGAUUUGAACACUUGUGAUAUAUGAGUAGUGAAAGUUAAUAAAAGUCAUUGUAGCUCUUACUCAAGUUAGAAAGACUUUGAUUUAAUGGUAAGUAAACAAUGAUAUGUAGUGCUUAAGAGGGAAGAUGAGACCUUACAUUGUUUAUUAAUAUGCAUCUUAGUUUCAUAAAUUUUACAUCAUUAAAAAUUUAUGUGCUGAAUAGAAACCCAUCCAAGUUUGGAGCCAUUGUAAAAUGUAAGUUAUGAGGCAAAUGAAAAGUCUCAAGCAAGGUUGUCAACCCGCGGGUUGACCCGGGCCCGGUGAAUCUAGUGAGUCAAGGGUUAAUGGGUCACCCGGUUUAGCCCAAAAAUAUGGUAAUAGUCAUUAUAUUAUACUUAUCUUGAUAAAUUAUAUCAAAUCUCAUCUAACAUAUGAGUUAUAACAUAUAAUAUUACACUAAAAUAACAUGUCGUACUUAGAUCCAACAUAUAGUGAAAAUUCACACACAAUUAUAUAACAACAAUAUUCAAAUGUUCAACUUAGGAUUCCAAAGAUUGAGUUAGGCGAAAAGAAAAUUGAAAAAUAGGC